CAAGUGUUCUGUGGACUAUGGUCGAAAUAAAAAUUAAAAAAUAAAAAGGGCCGUGGCUUGAGAAUUUAUCGUUGUAUUUUGUAUUCUCUUAAAAAGUGAUCCUAUUUAGUGCGGGUAUUAAAAUAUUCUGCUCUAAGACUUGUGAAAAUUUCAAAAAAUUAGGUACGAAUUAUUUGAAGAUUAAGUGUUCAAGUCUUCUUCGAAUACAUUACAGGAGGGAAGAUGUCGUGAGCUCUAUUGAUUCGAUCUGAGUUUUAAGAAAAAAAUAACAAUGUGGUUCCCACUGCAUCAAGAGACUUUGUCUCUAAACGAUAUGACACCGAGCAGUCUUUUUGAUCAGUGUUUAUCAGUUAUAACAGACAAUCUGGAUGCAAUAUCGAUCCCGAAUCCAACUACUCGUAGCCGUGUCCUCCGUCGUAACAUCGUUUUACCAGCACAAAUAUGUGACAAAUUUCUAGAAGCUUAUCAAAAAAAAUAUCGAUUGAACGACAGAAUUGCCCACAUAUUCCGUGAUCGUGAAAGCACAAGAUUAACAAUUGUAAAACUAGAACAUGCUACUAUUACAGAUAAAGGACUUAGAUAUCUUCUUGCGCACCGACCACUACAGGUCGAGCUAGUCCAUUGUGAUUGCAUCUCAGAAGCGGCGGUUGGUAUAAUCGCGGCUUAUAACCAGAAUCUGGUUCGACUUAAAUUUGGACCUUUAAACUUUACUUCAAAUUCUAGAGGCGUUGUUGACACUCAUAUUAGAAUGAACGUUAUCAAAAGAGAUUUGCUACAACUCACACUAAAAAUUGAUAAUGCCAUGACUAUACCAGUUCUACGAUUAAAAUCAUUACAUAACAUAACAUUUUUGAAUCUGUCCAAAUUACCAGAGAUGUUUAGUUCCUUGCAAAUGCGUAUAGAAACUGUGAAGUUCCUGAUAUUACAUAAUGUUCCGCUAACUCCUAACAAUAUGAAGUGGAUAUUACAAGUAUCUGACAAUAUUAAAUUACUGGACAUAUCUCAAGAAAAUGAGACACAAGGCACAGUAGAAAAUGCAUCUUCAGUACUCCAUGAACUGGUUACUAGACUGCCCAAGUUGCAAUACCUAGACAUUUCCGGCACUAAUCUAGCCGGUACAGGACAGGGCCAGUCUUUGGUAACAACUGUAGAUGGAGGGAAAGUGGAAGUUAAAAGUGACAUACCAGGGCUUAUAAGCCGAGCAACUAACCCACUAGAAUUCCUAGGUUUAUAUGGAACCCAUCAUGGGGCUUGUCAGAGACAUGAUAUUCCUGCCAGUCUGAUAUCUGGAGAUGCCAAUGAAAAGCAAAUUUUAACAGCUGCCUGGGCUGCCAUUGACUACCCAGUCAUCCUCUCAAAAGUUCUUAGUGAUUUAUACUACUUUUUCCGUUUUGAGAACAUAACAAAUGUUGGAGCAGCUCUGAGCGUUGUACUUUUGUCUCUAAAAAAAUUCCCUUUGGAGACUCAGAUCCAAAUUUCGGGAAGUGCAAUAAUAUACUAUAUUGUGAAAGGCAACCAAAAAGCCAAUAUUGGCUUAAACUUGAAGAGGCGUAUUAUAACAUUGUUGCUGGAUAGUAUGGAAACACACAUUACUGAUCACACCUUAAUGAGAAAUGGAUGUCUUGCUCUCUGCCAAUUUAGGAUUCCUGAAGAUGUUCUAUUUGAGUACGACCGUAUAGUGCAAAUUCUGCUGGACGUCUCCGAAGACAGUCAUUACACAUUCGUCCAACGAAUUGCCAUUUACCUCCUCAACUCACUUGCGUGCCAGGUUGACGGACAGCAGAAACUCUUCUUAGGUGACAGGGGAGCCAUUACUCGAAUGCUCCAUGUGAUUGCCUUGCGAGUCGAUCGUAGACAGUGCGACGAUGUUAUGGAGGUUGCCUGGUCCACAAUGUGGAAUGUGACUGACGAGACACCGAUCAACUGUCAACGUUUCCUUGACAGUCACGGGAUGACAUAUUUCUUAGCUUGUCUUAGGUGGUUCCGUGGUAAUUUCGAACUAGUCCGGAACAUGAUGGGUCUCCUCGGUAAUGUUGCUGAAGUAGCAGCCCUACGUCCUAAACUGAUGCGUCCUGUCAUAAUAAAUGCUUUUUAUAAUCUCCUGAACUCUGUUGCUGAUGGGAUUGAGGUUAGUUACAAUGCAGCUGGUGUCAUCGCUCAUAUUGCCUCCGAUGGUCCAGAAGCCUGGACAAUUCGCGAGCCUUCUCGUACAGCAGUGCUUAACCGUAUGUCUGCAGCCAUACACCGUUGGGACCGCAAAGCCGAAAGGAACAUCAAUUACCGAUCCUUUCAUCCGAUUUUGAAUCUUCUAAAUGCCCGUCAUACUCCUGAAUGCCAGCAAUGGGCCGUUUGGGCUCUCGCCAAUCUUACCACCGUGUAUCCGGAGAAGUAUUGCAAAUUGCUUGAGCGAGAGGGCGGCAUAGAGAUGUUGAAGGAACUCCUACACCCAUCUUAUUCACUAUACAACAGCUCGUUCGCCAGCAUCAAAAGACUUGUGACAAUCGUUAUUUCCAACUGCGAGAACUUCUCCAACGAGGAGGUACCACCGGACCAAAUGGACCACUAACUAGAGGAAUUCGUUGAGGGCGUCUACCCUCAAUUACGGGAAUAUUAAACUUUAGUGACAUAUAACGUUAUUCCCGUAGUGAUAGUGACACAAGUGAAGUGUUUGUGGUAGUGACAAUGCAGUAAUCAUGUGAUGUAUCCCACAUGAUACGCAAAAAAAUUAAUUUCAUUUAGUGUUUAUUAAAAAAAAAUUAAAAAACUGGAAUAGCUCAAACUCGUAGGGCCGUGUAACAGGUAUAUUUAAAAGUAUUAAGUUUAAAGUUAAUAUAUUUAUAGGUUAAGAUUUAAUCUUUUGAGCUGUGUUAAUAAACAUGAACUUUCCGGUCUUGAAAUUAUGUAUUUUAGAUACUGCUACUUACAACUGUUAGCUCCUUUUUUUUACUUCAAAACUUGUCAUAUUGAUUCAUUGAUUUUUUUUUGAUGUUCAUAGUAAAUUGAUGUCUUCGUACCAAUGGUAUCUGGUGGAUUUCAUUAAUUUUUCGUUACUUUAGACUUGUUAAGCAGCUAUAUGCACUGAAUAAUUGUAUUUCCAUAUCUCAUUGUGAACAAUUCGCUUUUGCAAAUAAAAUGUUGUGUGAUUUAAAUGAACUAUCAAAACUGUCGUAGUUGGCGCACUUUUACAAUUAAGUAGAGGGUCGAUGUUGUGCGUUCACUUAUUCCGCUUAAAAUAAAUUAUAGGGCUAUGUAGCUAUACCAUUAUUAGUAAAUCAAUAAAUAAAUAUACAGCGCGCAAAUGUUUCGCGUUUUAUCUAAUACAUUGUAAAACUACUUGUAUUAUUAAUGUAGUUAUCUGGCUGUUAAUUGUAAGAAUUGUUCAUUUGAACUGUAAAACAUUGAAAUUAUCAAUAUCCCAUUCUAUGUUCGUCGGAUAAAAGUUGGUGUUGAAAUAAAUUAAAUGUUCUAUC